UAUGUUUUUGACAGUUCUCCAUCAUUUUCGCUCAACGCGUGUAAUUUUCACUUUUUCGCUACCAUAGCUAGUUAAAAAUUGCAGCAUAAUCAAAAACUGUGCAACUUUAAACCGUAAGAAUCUGAUUUCCACAAUGGACGAGGAGAGCCGCCAGCUAAUAGGAGAUUGCUUUUUGCGGACCAUCGUAGAUCCUCGUUCCACAAAUGCCCCCCUGGAACCACAGCCGCCAAAGGCUCCCGUUAAAACGGAACUGCAGAUACUGCGGCUGAAGGAGGAAUCCCGAACGAUGGUGAUGGACACGUUGCGGGCCAUCCACGGGGAGUCGUUUCGACUGGGUGACAUUUCCCUGUACGAGGACAAAGGUGGUCGCAUGAAGAAAGCCUACUGGCAGGAUCGGGGGAAUUUGGUGAUACAGGGCGGAUGUGAUUAUUCGAACGUUCGUAAAACUGCCAACGGUAACGAGGAUAAGUUCCGGAUGUACGCGCUGAUAAAACUGGAAAGUUACGGUUUCGCGAAGAGUCACUGUGAGGAGGCACUGGACCACUGCAGCGGCGAUGUGGACGAUGCAUUGGGUUUAUUAUUUGAAAAAUAUUUUCCACCUCCGGUGGAUUUGAUGACAAUGGAUUGUGAUUUGCACCCGGAGGAACUUAACCAAAUGCGAGCGGAUGAGAAGGAAGCCUUGGAGUCAAUUUACGAUAAGUUGUUUAUCGAGAAGGAACGUAACCGGGUGUGGCAGUUAAAGUUCAAGAUUGACCAUCUGCUGGUGCAUAGUCCUUCAGAAGUGAGGAAAUUGGAGCAGAAGAAAAAGCUGGAAGAAGAAGAAGAACGCAAGCGGCAGCUUGCAGCCAAAGCUAAGCUGAAAAAAGGUAAAAAGGAACGAUGCUGGAACUAUGCCAAAGGUAAAUGCAGAUACGGUAACAAGUGCUUGUUUUCCCAUGGAUCAGAGUCGGAAGAUGAAGAGGCUUCUAAAGAGGGAAAACCAAAACAGGAGGAUGAUCCAAAUUGGUUCUUUUUAGAAAUUCGCUUUCCUAAGAAGAGCAAAUAUCCUUAUGAGGCUCCGCUGUUAUUCCUCAAGACAACGUGUCCAGAUAUACCACACCAACUGUUGUUGCGUGUUGCGAGGUUACUGGUUCAGGAAUCCAUUAAAACUACCCAAGAUGGAAUGCCUUGCGUGUAUUCGAUAGCGGAGCUUUUACAGAAUGAUGAGGAAAUUUCCCGUUUUAUUGAGUUAGAUCGGUAUCAAUUUCCGGACGCCAAACGUUCUCUGUUCUAUCAACCGGCUGCGCACGCUUUGGGCAGCUUAAAAAUCGAAGAUCUGCCUAGCCACAAUCAAAUGGGACAAACGAAGCGAUCGGCAGGUCCCAAAACUAAUCCGGAGCAGCUGCUGAAAGACGACCUAAACAUUAUUCGUAAGUUUAUGGAUAAGCAGAAAAACGAUGCCUACAAGGAAAUGCUCCGUCACCGUCAGCAGUUGCCCGCGUGGUGCAAAAUGACGGAGAUUAUCACUGCCAUUGAAGCGAACUCAGUGCUGGUAAUUAGUGGAGAAACGGGUUGUGGUAAAUCCACCCAAGUGCCUCAAUUUAUAUUAGACAAUUGGCUGUUCCAGUCAUCCAAACUAGGUCGAAAGGUUCCUCAUGUUGAAAUUAUCUGCACUCAACCCCGCCGUCUUUCCGCUAUCGGUGUAGCCGAGCGGGUGGCCGAAGAGCGAAACGAACGAAUCGGUAACACGGUUGGAUAUCAAAUCCGGCUGGAGAACAAAAUUUCCUCUUCGACUAGACUUACUUUUUGCACGACGGGAAUUCUGCUUCGCCGGUUGCAAUCGGAGCCAACGUUGGACAACGUUACCCACAUCAUCGUGGAUGAAGUCCACGAGCGGUCAGAAGAGUCUGAUUUUCUACUGUUGAUUCUUAGGGAGCUGUUGGAGAAACGACGUGAUCUCAAGGUGGUUUUGAUGUCGGCAACGCUGAACUCGAAUCUUUUUUCGUCUUACUUUGGGGACGUCCCGGUCUUGGACAUCCCCGGUAGAACGUUUCCCGUGGAACAACUUUUCCUCGAGGAUAUUGUUGAGCGAAGCGGGUUUGUGCUCGAGCCUGAUUCUCAGUACUGUCGUAAACUGCGCAAGGGCGAAGAGGAACAGCUUCUGCAGGAGUUGGAGUAUGCGGAUGUGAAGGCGGCAAAUGCCGCCCCGGCUAAAAGCAUCAAGGAUGAGAACCUCAAAAUGGCAGAUAUGUUCGCACGGUAUGCUGAUUAUUCUAAAGCUACAUGCAAAACGCUCUACCUGAUGGACCCCUUGCGUAUCAACCCGGAACUGAUAGAGCACGUGCUGCGUUACAUAGUGGAAGGAUCGGAGCAGCACAGAUGGCCCCAGGAGGGUACGAUUCUCGUCUUUCUGCCUGGCUUAGCGGAAAUAAAAACCAUACACGAGACUUUAACCGAUAGCCGAUUGUUUGGUCCUCGGGAGGACAAAUUUAUUCUGGUGCCUCUCCAUUCUACCCUGAGCAACGAAGAGCAAACGCUGGUAUUCCGGAAAGCUCCCAAAGGCAAGCGGAAAAUUGUGCUCAGCACAAACAUCGCCGAAACGUCCGUCACCAUCGACGAUUGCGUGUUUGUGGUGGAUUGUGGCCAAAUGAAAGAAAAGCGUUUCGAUUCCAAUCGAAACAUGGAAUCGUUAGAUGUGGUUUGGGUGUCGCGGGCCAAUGCACUUCAGCGAAAAGGACGAGCUGGUCGAGUUAUGCCAGGUGUCUGCAUUCACCUUUACACACGACCCCGCUUUACGAAUAACAUCCUGUCCCAACCAGUGCCGGAGAUUCAUCGAAUACCAUUAGAACCGUUGUUACUGAGGAUAAAAACUCUGGACACUUUGAAGGGCAGAGAUCUCAAGCACGUGCUGAAGGCAAUAAUUGAACCGCCCAACGAUGAGAGCAUAGAGUCGGCUAAAAAGCGUCUAGUCGAUGUAGGUGCAUUCGAUCUGGAAGAAGAGCUAACACCUUUGGGGCACCAUCUGGCCGCCCUACCUGUGGACGUUCGGAUUGGGAAGCUUAUGUUGUUUGGAGCAAUUUUCCAGUGCUUGGACAGCGUUCUAACAAUCGCUGCCUGUUUGAGCUAUAAAAGUCCGUUCGUUUCACCUUUCAGCAAACGAGACGAAGCGGACAGCAGAAAGCGCCUGUUUGGUAUCGCAAACAGCGAUCAUUUAACGAUGUUAAAUGCCUAUCGAAAGUGGAAAGAAACUACCAAAAGAAGCCGGUACGCCGCUAGUUGUUACGCGGAAGAGAACUAUCUUUCAACGAAAACGUUGCAGACGAUCGGGGAAAUGAAAUAUCAAUUUCUAGAGCUGCUGGUAUCGAUAGGAUUCGUCCCGGUUGAUUUAACCACCCGGCGGGGGAAGUUUGUUAAGGACGACCUGCUUGAACUGACGGGGGUCGACAUAAAUGCGAACGGAGAUAACAAUCGUCUGUUGGCGGCAAUACUCUGUGCUGCCUUGUAUCCGAAUGUCAUCAAAAUUCUGACCCCGGAGAAGAGUUUCGUUAGUGGGGCCGGUGGAGCCGUUCCAAAGUUACCUCAACCGUCGGAUUUGCGCUUCAAAACCCAACAGGAUGGUUAUGUUUUUCUGCAUCCUUCGUCCAUCAACUCUCGGUACGGUAGUUUCAGUUCACCCUUUCUGGUCUACCAGGAAAAAGUGAAAACAUCCCGUAUUUACAUUCGCGAUACGACAAUGGUUCCGCUGCUGCCGAUAGUUCUAUUUUCCGGAUGUGAUUUACGCAUCGAACUGCACGGGGGUGAUUUUGUGAUUCUGCUAGAAGACGGCUGGAUAGCGUUGCAAGCAGAAACACACGAAGUCGCUGAAAUGAUGAAAUUCCUCCGACUGGAGUUGGCCAAAAUGCUGGAGAUGAAAAUUAGCGAUCCGUUGCUUAAUCUGGCCAACCACGAGCAUGGCCGAGAGGUGAUCGGAACGAUUGUACAGUUGAUCAACAGGGAGUGAACGAAGGAUAUUUUUGUUUCGCUGUUUUAUAGAAGAAAUUUGUAACCCAGUUACUCGCGGUACAGUUUAUAUAUAGCUGUAUACAUGUUAAAAGAUGAUCCUGUUAUUUUCACUUAUUUCAUACCGAUUUUAAUCCUUUUUAUCGAAAAACUGUAAACAAGAAAAAAAACAUUACAUUUUGUUUUUAUCAUAUAUUGAUCAAAUUAAAUGUUUAUUAUAUUACAUAUUCUACAUUAAAAUAUAUUGCAUAGUAUUUUAUAUGCUGUUAUGUGAGGAAAGAUUGUGAUGCAUCCGAGUAUUAAACAAACUGUUG